CCUUAACACUGAUCAAUUGAAAUAAUGGUCUUAAGAAAAGUUAGUGGUAAAACAUGGUAAAACAUAGUGGCACACUUCAUAACUUGGGUUGAUUUCAGUUACAAGUGGUGAUUCUUGUCAAGUAUGGACCACACACCUCCAUUUGACGAAAUGAUGAUGACUGUUGUCUGCCAUCUUAACUUAUGAAACAUAAACAACCUACCGGUAAUAAAUUCAUAUUAACAAGUACUUGAACAGGGUUAUUUUUAAAAAGGAAAUUAUGGCGUCUAACUUUGAAUCUGUUGAACAUGCAUCUGACCUAAUUCAUGACUUUGUCUGCUCUCCAUGUAAAGAUGAUGGAUUAAAUAAUGAGGCAAAAUUCUUCUGUGAUGAAUGCAAGAAAUAUUACUGCAACAACUGUGUACUGCUCCACAACAAACUGUUUAGGACACAUUCCGUGCUUGGAAGACAAGAUGUGAGCAAGUGGAUGGGGUAUGCAGGACUGAGCCCCAUAGAGGCUUGUGACAAACAUGGUGACAAGAAGCUUGAACUGCUCUGUGAGGACCAUGAUGAGCUUUGUUGCCACAUUUGUGUCUCUCUCACUCACAGAAUGUGUCAAAGCAUCAAGCAUGUUCCUGAUCUAGCCGAUGGAUUGAAGAAACAAACUGACUACAUAAAACUGCCACCUGAUGUACAAAACAUAAAUCACAGGCUUCAAGAAAUCACCAGGAAGAGGACACACAACAAACAGUCUCUCAAAGACUCCGGGAAUACAUUGCUUGCAGAAAUCAAGUCACUCAGGAAAAAAGUGAAUGACAAGUUUGAUGAAAUAGAGAAAAAGACCAAUGACAUCUUACAAGAACAGCUCCAUGAGGCAGAUGAUUUCUUACAGGAGGACAUAAACAAAUGCACUCAGCUCACUGACACACUAAAUACUUGCUUAAAAAUAAUCUCACCCCAGCAAGAUGACAACACCUUCUUUAUAGCCUUCAAAAAAUGCAAGCACAAGAUGAGAGAAGCAGAGAACAUGCUACAGGAACUGUCCAUUAAGCCUGACAUAUCACUUACAUUCCAGGCCGAUCCCGGGAUCAAACAGUUUCUUUCCGGAUUAAACACACUUGGAAAAAUUGAAGGAAUUCCUGUCAAAGAUCCAUAUCAACACCCAAACUUUGUUUUUACGACCAAAAACAGUUCAAAAUACUCUGUAAAAUUGCUCAGUGAUAGUGAAUGCAAAGUAAAUGGUUUAUGUGAGAUGCCUGGAGGAGAUAUCUUGAUCACAGACAACAGCAAAUUAAAGCUGCUGAACUCCCACUAUCAGGUGGCCUCAUGUAAGCUUAUUCCUGCGCCAAACCAUGUCUGUCACAUUGCUGGAAAUGAAGCUGCUGUAACUCUAGGUGCCGGUAACAAAGGUGUGCACUUCAUCACUGUGACUGGUGGUACAAUUGGUGUAACAAGGAAGUUGACAAUUCCACAUUUUUGUUUCGGUAUUGCCCAUCACAAUGGUAACCUGUAUGUAGGAUCCUUGACAGCCAUUUACCAGUACACAAUGUCAGGUCAGCUAGUGAAAAAGAUAUACGAAGACAAUAGUGCCAGAGUCGCAGUGGGCAGAUUUACAGUGAGCAGAGAUGGCACCAACAUCUACAUUCCAGCUUUACACACAAACAAACUCAUCACCAUUGACACAAGUGGGAACAUUCUGUCAACUCUUCAGGACCCGGACUUUGAUCUGCCUAUUUCAGUGUGUGUGAGUGAUGGAGGACAUGUGUUUGUCUGCUCACAGCUGUCCCACAAAGUGACCCAGGUGGACAAGGAGGGCAAACACAAACUGGCCACCUUGGCAGAUGUACUUUACAAACCUUGCGCAGUAUUGUUUACUAGACACAGUAUCAUAGUUGGAGGUCGGAGCAAUGAGAUUUCUGUGUUUCAGCUUAAAUAAGUUAAACAAAUCAACAAACUAAAAGUCAGGAAGAGAUUGGAAACCAACAUAUACUCGAGUUUUUUUUACAGAAUCUGUAAAUUUUGCUUCUAUUCUGGUUAUCUCAUUUUCAAAAUCCUGUAAAAUCUUUACAUAUACAGUGUGCGAAAUUAACGGUAGCCCGAUCGCCAGAGGCGACUAAAAAAUUACCCAGGCUAAGAAAAAAUUAUUUAGGAUAGCCUGACUGGUGAUGAAAUCAUCAGGCUUGUUGAUUAAAAAUAUGUCAGGUCAAUGUUUACUUCGACACCAUUUACCUACUUACGGGUAAUCAUUUGGAGCUCCUCGGCCGUUUUUCCAUAGAAAACAGUGGUGUUUAGAACAGUUUUGGUGGAAAAUGGCCGAGGAUUUCUGAAUACUGAACACAGAUUGACAGGACCAACCAAUACUUGCAUCUUUAAAGUUCUGAAUAAAAUAACAUACUGAA